UGGCAUUGUCUGGCUCGACAGCGGGCAUCGGGUCACCAGGCAUGACAGCGGGCACUGGGUCAACAGGCAUCAGGUCAUUUGGCUCGCCAGCGGGCACCGUGUCAUCUGGCAAGGCAGUGGGUACCGAGUCACCAGGCACGACAGUGGGCUCCGAGUCAACUGGCAUGACCGCGGGCACUGGGUCAGACAUUGGAUCGUCUGGCCCGACAACGGGCAUCGGGUCAACUGGCCUACUGGAAUCAUCAGGCUGGAUCAGCUGGGUGGAGGCAUCAGGCUGGGUGGAGGCAUCAGGCUGAGUAGAGGCAUCAGGCUGGGUAGAGGCAUCAGG